AAGCCCGCUACUUUUUACAGACCCGAUCCAAUCCGAAUCUUGAUGACAUUCUCCCCUAACCCCUUCAUUUUCCUUCUUCACACUUCCCUAGCUCCCCCUCCCCUCGCGUUCUUUUCAUAAUUGCUAUCCAAACAUAGCGUAACGAACUAUCGUGCAUUCGUGCCUAGAUAUACGAAAUUGAGCCAAGGCGGUCUUGGCGGCAGUUCAUAGUCAAUACUCAACAGAGUUAAUGGAUAAUCUUCAAAUCAAACACUGUUUGUGAGGAGGAGAUUUGUGGCUUUCCAAUGAUUUUGGUGCAUUCCUAAUCAAUCCGCAAUAAAUGCCCUUCUCAGUUGAAAUCUUAAAUGUAUCAAUGGUCGGUCCAGAAAUAUGAUAGCCUCAAAAUAGAUUGUGAACCUCAUCUUUUGGCACGAGUUGGCUAUGGGAUUAUCAAGGCUGGUUAAGAUCAAACAAGCCAUUCGGUGGAUGGAUGUGGAUAGCUGGAUCAUUAAUCUUUUCCGAUCCUUUUCAUGAUGGGACUUGAUCAAGAAGAAGCUCCACUUACUACUGGUGACAUGUCCUCUAAGAAGAAAGAGCUGCUGUCUUCAGCUAUGAAGAGAACAAAUGAAUGUUGCAGGAUUAUCUCUCAGGAAAUUCCUAGUGAUGUCACCAUUCGUAUAGGUGAUGAUUCCUUUUCUUUGCACAAGUUCCCACUCCUGUCAAAAUGUGGAUACCUUAAGAAAUUGGUAUCAGAAUCUAAUGAUUCUGAUGUCUGCAACGUUGAAAUUCGUGACAUUCCGGGAGGAGCAGAAGCUUUCGAGCUUGCAGCAAAGUUCUGCUAUGGGAUUAAUUUUGAGAUAAGCACCGAAAACAUUGCCAUGCUUCGAUGUGCGGCUGAGUAUCUUGAAAUGACAGAAGAUUUUGCAGUAGAGAACCUUGUUCGAAGGACUGAGACGUACUUGAAUGAAGUAGCAUUAAAGAGCCUUUCUUCCUGUGUUUCAAUUCUGCUUACAUCAGAAAGCCUGCUACCUAUGGCAGAGCAAGUAAAGGUAGUGAGUCGUUGUGUUGACGCUAUAGCUUUUCUAGCCUGCAAGGAUAGCCAAUUCUCAGGGACCAACAGGAUGGAAGGCGGCAUUGAAGAAAGCAAUUCUUCAUUAGUUCCUCAGCAAAAACCUAUCGUGGAGUUUUGGUGGGCAGAAGAUUUAACUACACUUAGAAUUGAUAUGUUUCAAAGGGUUCUGAUAGCAAUGACAGCUAGAGGAUUUAAGCAAUAUGCUCUUGGUCCACUACUCAUGCUCUAUGCUCAAAAGUCUCUUAGAGGUUUGGAGGUGGUCGGUAAGGGGAGGAAGAAAUUGGAGCCCAAGCAAGAACAUGAAAAGAGGGUUGUCUUAGAGACUAUAGUAAGCCUGCUUCCCAGGGAAAAAAAUGUGCUAUCAGUUAGUUUCCUGGCCACAUUACUUCGUUCUUCAAUAUGGCUUGAGACAACAGUUGCUUGCCGCCUUGAUUUGGAAAAGAGGAUGGCCUUACAACUUGGUCAGGCAGCCUUAGAUGACCUUUUGAUACCUUCAUAUUGUUUCACUGGGGACACCUUGUUUGAUGUGGAUUCAGUGAGGAGGAUCAUGAUGAACUUCCUUGAGAGCGAAAUGGAGGGCAAUCAUCUGGGUUAUGGUGCAGGGGAGGAACAGGUAUUUCCUCCGUCUAAUGACUUGGAAAGAGUGGGGAGAUUGAUGGAAAGUUACUUGGCUGAGAUUGCCUCUGAUCGAAAUUUGACAGUUUCCAAAUUUACUGGUCUAGCUGAGAUCAUUCCUGAACAAGCUCGAGUCACUGAGGAUGGGAUGUAUAGAGCUAUAGAUAUUUUCCUCAAGGCUCAUCCUACACUAAGUGACCUGGAGAGGAAGAAAGUGUGCAGCUUAAUGGAUUGCCAGAAGCUAUCACGGGAGGCAUGUGCUCAUGCAGCUCAAAAUGACCGUCUUCCUGUCCAAACGGUUGUUCAAGUACUCUACUACGAGCAGCAACGCCUUCGCGAGUCCAUGAAUGAAAGUAAUGACGGCAAUUUUAACUCCUCCUCAGGAGCCAUAAUCCCUAGUAAAACUCUGAACCUUUACUCCUCGACUACACCCUCUGCAGAUGAGCUCAUAAAGCUUAGGCGGGAGAAUGAGGACCUGAAAAUUGAGCUCCUUAAAUUAAAAAUGAAGUUGAAGGAAGUUGAGAAACCUAAGAGUAUGAUUGAUAAUAAUACAUCUGUUACUAGCAGUCCUGCAAAAAGUACUACGUCUGCUUCUGAUCAGAAGCCGCCUUUGCCUAGAAAGUCUUUUAUGACCUCUGUGAAGAAAUUAGGGAGGCUUCUUAUUCCUGCUGAUGGAGGAGUACUCUCAACUCCUCGCCGUGCUAAGGCUAGUAAGGGUCGUCGCCAUUCCAUCUCUUAAAAUUCGAUUUACAUGGUUUGUCUUGUAGGACUUUUUUGGUAAUGUACAGUUUGAGCUCAUGAUUCAGUUGGUAUUUUGAGGAUUGAGAAAAAAAACUGCACUUUCUUUUCUUCUUCUGUUUGCUAAAUAUAUUGUUGUGUAGUAUAAGUAUUUGUAUAUUAUGUGUAAAAUUCAUCCUAUAUCAUAAACAUGAUAUAAUUCAA